AGUACCAGCACUACUGAAGCUACAGUUCCACGUCAAUGGAUAAAACUUUACCGUGACCCCAAAUCUCUGUCAUAUCCUGUGUCUGAAUUUAUUGACCUCCCCCUGCCAGCGUACGUGAAAUACCUCCAUACUUCAAAAUCCGCAGUGCCUUUUUGACACAUUAUUUUAAAAAAUGACAGAAGGGAACAAUAUGCCAGAAAACGAUGCAGCCGCCGAGACACCCGCCGGCAGCGAACCCGCAAAGGAGAAGCGUCCAGUGGAGGAGCAGGAUGAGGAGAAGGAGAAGACGGAGAAUAAGGAGAACGGGGACAGCAAAGUGGAUAUCCCAGAGAAAAGCGAGGGUCCGGGAGCCAAGGAGGAGGUUGAGUUUGUGCACCCCGAGGGCGGCUGGGGAUGGGUGGUCAUGCUGGCUUCCAUGUGGUGCAACGGCUCGGUGUUUGGGAUCCAGAACGCCUUCGGUGUAAUGUACAUCUACCUCCUGCGGGAAUUUGGUGGCGCGAACGAUAAAGACCUCCAAUUCAGAACAUCAUGGGUGGGCUCCCUCUCCAUGGGCAUGAUCUUCUUCUGCUCUCCCAUCGUCAGCAUAUUCACCGACAUGCUCGGCUGCAGAAUUAUUGCAGUGGGUGGUGCUGCUGUGGGUCUGGUCGGCCUACUGGCUAGCUCCUUUGUCACGUCCCUGGGCCCCAUGUACUUCACAUACGGCAUUGUGUUCUCCUGCGGCUGCUCUUUCGCCUACCAGCCAAGCCUGGUCAUCCUUGGCCAUUACUUUAAGAAGCGCCUCGGCCUGGUAAAUGGUAUCGUAACAGCCGGCAGCAGCGUCUUCACGAUCGCUAUGCCCUUUGUGCUGUCAGCCUUACUGGAAAACCUAGGCCUAUACCACACCAUGCGUGUCCUUUGCAUCCUCAUGCUUGUGCUGAUGCUGGCUGGCUUCACUUACAAGCCCCUGCUGCCAGUCAAACCAAAAGACUCCCAAACAGGCAGCUCACACCUAAAACAGAUUUUCAACGUCAAUAUCUGGAAGUCGUGGGGAUAUCGCAUCUGGGCCUUCGGCAUUCCCGCUGCCCUCUAUGGCUACUUUGUGCCUUAUGUUCAUCUGAUGAAACACGUGGAGGAGCGUUUUGGAAAAGACGCCAAUAAGGAAGUUCUGCUCAUGUGCAUUGGUAUAACAUCUGGCAUUGGCCGACUGAUCUUCGGCAUAGUGGCGGAUUACGUUAGCGGAGUCAACAAAGUGUUCCUGCAAGUGGCGUCCUUCUUCGUCAUCGGUCUCAUGUCCAUGAUGAUCCCCCUGUGCAAUGUGUUUGGCGGGCUUAUCGCAGUGUGCCUGCUGAUGGGACUGUUUGACGGCUGCUUCAUCUGCAUCAUGGCACCUAUCGCCUUUGAGUUGGUUGGAGCCAAAGAUGUGUCCCAGGCCAUUGGCUUCCUGCUAGGCCUGAUGUCUGUGCCCAUGACUGUGGGGCCCCCUAUUGCAGGCUAUCUGAGGGACAAAAUGGGAUAUUACGACAUGGCCUUCUACCUAGCAGGAGUCCCACCGAUCAUUGGCGGGGCCUUGCUGUGUCUGAUACCCUGGGUGGAAGCCAAGCGCAAGAGAAGAGAGAAAAAGGAGGCCGUGAAAGGGGAGCAGGACACUGCCCAGAAGAUGAUGAAUCAUGAGAAGGCUCAAGAAGUUGUGCAACACAAAGCAGGAGAGUCUAUCCUCUAAAUACCCCUAAAGAGAGACCGACAGAGAGGUUCAGGGGUCAGACUGAGGCUGCUGCUGCUCAUUGAUAGUAUUAAGAUACUCUGUGCAUAUCUGUGUUUAACUGAAGACUGUUUUAAGUAGGAAAAAAUGCCAAAGUGUUCAAACAUAUCAGAGUCAUAUGUUGAAGCUGAACGUAAAUGUGAUCCUGAAGAACUAUGCAUCAGAAUGAACUAAUCUUACAUCAAGCUUGAAAUUAUAGCUGAAAAUGGGGAAAACGGGACAUUUAAUUUUUGUCACAAUAAGAAUUAGGCAUGCAGUACUCUGUCCAAGAUCAACUCUGUCAGCAGCCAUUCUCACUGGGCUUCAUAUCAUACUAUCAUACAGUUUUAGACAUACAGUUAAAACAUGUUGUAUAAUACAACAUACAGAAAAACAUAGGAAACAAUUUAUGGUGUUAAUUUUAAUUUUUGUAUAAGUUCAUAGUGAACCAGUCUGCCAAAGAUUUAUAUUUAACCCUGUCAUCUUUAUGUCCUCCAGUAUGCUCAAGUAAUCUGUUUUAGGGGUGCACUGAUACAGCGGUCGGUAUUGGUUGAUACCAGCAUUUCUGCAAAUAAAAUGGCAUUUACUGAUGUCCUGCCUAAAAGUUAACAAGAGCUGAAAAAAAAAAACCUGACACAAAUGAAAUAAUAUACUAUAUUUGUUUUCCUGGACCAAACUGGGAACUAGAUAACAACAAAAACUAAAACAAAUACUGUUAUCUGCAGGCUGCCAGAUUGCUCUUUAAGACAUCAAUAUCUGUAUCAGUACCAGUAUCUGUAUUACCGUUGAUAUUUGUACUGGUAUCGGUCCUUUUGACAGUCAGUGCAUCCCUAAUCAAUGAUUGGUGUUUUAAAAGACACACAGUAACUAUCGGCUCAGAGAAGUGCUCUAAAAAGUCUAGGUUUUUCUGUCUGACUCUGGAAUCUGAGCUGUAAAGGUGCUUGUAAGGAUGCAGCUUUGGGAAGCACAAUAAAAUAUGUCCUGUCAGAGAUGCUGACCCAGCUUCCCUUCAGAGGUUGGAUCUAGGAAAUCUGAUCAUUUAAAGGCUGUUUAACUCACCAAGCAGAGCUUGGCACCCAAAAGCUCUAAGUUCACCACGCUGAGCCCAUAAUUCUUUCCCUUGAAAAAUUCAAAAUAAACUGCACAAUACUUUUUUUAAAUACCAGAGUUAGCAAAUAUAUGGUACAAAUUAAAAGUCAUAUAAGGUAAUUAAAAUGUACUUAAUUUUUUAAACAAAUUUGUCUGAUGGUUCAGUAAACAAGAAUUUUCCUGCAAUUAUUUUAUAUUUCAGGCUUUAAGGGGUUAAGGUUAUUAUCCACUCUUGAUCCCAUGCUGUGGAGCAUCCCAGAAUUUAUGCUGCACUGUGUUUCCAAAAUUACCACUAUUGAGUUAUUAAUGAUUACAUUAUACAAACAUGAAAGCAUAGAGAGGGUGGGUUCUAUAAAGCCCCCUGCAACUGUGUCAUAAGUUAAUCUGGUACUGUGACUGAUUCAUUCAAAGAGGCUGCUUUAAAUCAAACCUCCUCAGUGUUUUAGAUGUUAUAUUUAAAGAAAUUGUUUAAGAAAGUAAAUAUGUGGCAACUGGUUACCCUAAAAAAAGCAGAGACUGGAAGCAAGCGGAAACUAUUAGUCUGGAGUAGGAAAAAUAGGACUUCCAGCCACUGUGAAAGUUCACUUAUCGUCAAGUCAUAUGUGUGUAAAACUUUGUUGACUGCUUUCAGCCUAUCAGCACAUAAGAUGACAUUCACCACUUACAUUGGCCAUGUGUAUCUGAUGUACUGCAUCAGUUUGUUGAUUACUUUGCUCUUUCAAAGACGAUGAGUGGGUUUUGUUUUAGCAACAUGCUGAGUGGGCACAUUCGAAGAAACUGGAAGAUGUUACCUUUUAAUUGAAUCCUCAUGCCUUUGUUAACUCAAAGCCUACUGCAAGAUUGUUCAUUUUCCUGUAAUUUUCUCUCACAUUUGAGUUCAUACUUAAAUUGUGCAGCAUUCAUUAACAGUUGACCUGGUUCAGGUCAGAUGAUCGCUUAAAUGGCCCAAAACCCCACAAAACGUUGUGCAUUGUCCUUCACCUCUGUAUGAUUUUGCUGUGACACAUUUACCCACUAUACUGAAUCAUUUCAGAGACUCCUCUGUUUGAACUGUGGACGUGAGUCUAACUAAUGAUUGACUAUGUGACCAUCAGUCCCAUUAAUUAUUAACUCUGUGUCCAGUUCAAUGACAUUCAGUAGAAAGGUAUCUGUUUUGUGUUUUAUUUAUUUUUCACUUCUGGAGACUUUCAUGUUGUUAAAAGCCUUAAAUGAACUGACUGAAGACCAAACUGCACAAAUGAAAAUGUCUGAAAGUGUGUUUGCUUGCCCUCAUUUGCCUCCCCAAAGCCUCCUAUGUAGUGCCAGUGAACCAUGUGAUGUCACCCAUCACUGACUGUGGUGGACUGCAUAUUUGGAAAACUCACGCCGCCAGGGAAAUGAACCUCCAUCAUAGAAAUGCUGUGGGUCAGUGGUUUUUUUCCUCUGCAGACCUGUGACCUGCUACCUCAGAUGAUAGCAGAGCUCUGCUCCCUGUCUGUACUGUCCUGUCACCGUGAAUACGUCUUAACUUUGCUCUUUAAUGAAAAACAUGUUGCCAUUAUUUUAUUUUAUUUUAUUUUAUUUUAAUGCACAAAGUGACUGAAACCUUCAGCAUUUCCGUGACUAUGCUUAAAUCACAUGUCUUAUCCUUAUGAUGUGCAUGACUCUUUAUGGUGGAGUGCCAUCAUAGUGCUAUUCAUCUGUGAGAGCCUCGAGUAAUUUCUCAUUGCCAUAUAUGAAUAUGAAUGCUUUGUUGUAUGUAUUCAUUGCACUCUAUUCGCUCUUUUACUUGUUUUAUUUAGCUGUUCGGUCAUAUGUGCCUCUAGAAAUGAUAUGUGCCAACCAAAGAGAUGCUUUGUUUUAAAUUGCAUGAUUUAUUUUUACUUGGUGAUUACUUUAGACCAAAAUCUUUGAGACAAUCCGCUGAAGUUUACACACCAAAGCCUAACAGUAUUUAUUUGCUGUUAUUUUGCCAUCCAAUCCAGCCACUGGCUUUAUUUGCUGCAUCUUUACUGCUUCCGUCCUUUUCCAUGUAUUCUUCCCAAAAAGUGUUCUUAAAUAUGAAUUUGUCUACAUUUCCUCUGUUGCAGGAUGUGUUGUGAACAACAGUAUAUGCAAUGUAUGUAAACACAAUUACUUUUAAUCAUUUUAAAAACAGUAAAAAUAUUUACUUUUAA